CUCGACCAGCAGAGGCGGUUUCACGAAAAUGCGAUACGAGUUGUUAGGCCGCCUAGCGUAGUAUAUCGCCUAGCGGCGACGGGCCCAGAGAGAAGCGGCGGAAAAAUGGCGUCCGAUAACGAAGCCUCUUGCGCGAGUGACCCAAAUUUCGCUGUGAUCUGCUCGUUCCUCGAGUGCUUCGGCAAGUCCUGCGGCGUCGUUUAUCCUGAUAUCGCAUGCCUUCAAGAAAUGCUCGAGAACACGCAGGAUGUACCCCAACAGUUGAUCGAUCUACACAUCAAAUUGUUGCGUAAAACACGGAAAACAGUAUCACCAGAAAAGUGGGAACGAGCGCUGGUUAAGUUUUGCCAUACGUAUUCUAAUCAAGAUGGUUGGGAGCUUGAACGUUUUGGUUACAAAAAAGCCCGUACUGCUGUUAAGCUACGCUUACUCAAAGUCCUUUUGGAAACGCAAUUCGACUUGAAUCAAAAGUUUAAAAACGAGGUGAAUAAAUUGGCAGCUACUGAAUUACGCGUGGAGCCAUUAGGCAGAGACAAAUCUGGUUUGGCUUAUUGGUGUCAGCUCGACGAGGAGUGCAAUAUAAGGGUUUACAGAGAAGAUUUAGACGAGGAAAAUUGGGAACUUGUAGCUAAGGAUCGAGAGGGUGUUGUUAAUCUAAUAAGCACCUUAUCGAACGGCGAGAUUGGAGCUAUACCGAUCAAUGAAGAUAGUAACAGUUUAGAAAUUUCUGAGAAACCUAUUAUUGAUACGGGGCAAGUAACAACGUCGCCGAGUUUGGAGGACGAGGCUGUGCAAGAAAAUGGUGUCCACACUGAAGGUUUGGAAAACAAGGGAUUGGAAAAGAGUGGAGUUCAAGGUUGUGAGGCUGACAGAGAACAAGAUGAUGCCAAUGAAAUUGAUAAUGUUGAAGAAGACGGAGACGCCGAAGAUGAGGUGACAAACGAUGAAAGUUCGAAACAGAAUACAGAGGAAGAUGAUUCUCAGGAAACUAUACAAAAUCAAGUAAUAGAGUCAAGUUAUGUUCAGAUGCCUUCCUUAGUGGCAACAUCUUCGAAAGUUGUUAACGGUAAUGUUGAUACAUUACCAGAAAAAGGAACAACUGCAUCUCAAGCAAAGGAAAUGAACAUACCUCAAGUAACAGCAGCUACGCUCAGUACAUUCAGUGCUAAAACUAUAGAAUCAUAUAAAUCUGAAGAACCUAUAGCAGUAAGUAGUUCGAAAGUUGAUGCAGAAGAGUCAAUGCCUCUUAAAUCAAUUGAAACACCUGUUAUUACGUCUCCUCUUAAGUUGGUAAAUAUUGCCGAAAUCAAACAACUGCAUGAAGAGAAGGUGCAUUUUGGGAUAGCACCAAUUGGUACAGGGCUCAGCGUGAAGAAACAAGAAGAUUUAAUGGAACAAGUUGUGAAACCACUUGAUAAAUUAUUUAGCAAAAAUAAUCAUCCUUUCCCAUCCGCAGAUAUACCAACGACACAUAGUAAAUUAUCCGUGAAACCAAUUGAUCAGUUGGCUGCGAAUCUUGUCAGGAUACAAUCGGAGAAACUUGAAAAACCAAGCGGCGCGAAAUCGUUAGAGAAAAUAGCCGAAAAUUUGGCAAGAUCAGGUAGCAUUGUGGGAAGCGUAGCAAACGGAGGCGACGAUAGAUUACCACAAGAUUUCUGUGCAAGAAGUCAAACUGAGAAAGCUGAUGCGCUCAGAGGGCAUAGGGGUAUGGAUUUAUCUACAUCACCCAGAGGCUGGGAAACCGCUAAUGAACAACAUAGGCCGAUGGAUUUCUCUGGAAUGGAUUUAUCUAGUCGAAAAUUUAAUAAGAGUAUGGACUUACCCUCUCCCGGGUAUAGAACGCAAGAUUUCCAGCAUAGAGAAAUGGACCUCAGUACGAAAAAAUUGAACAAACCAGAUGUUACGAAUUUACCUUACGAUGCUCGGGCUGUGAUGAUGCGUAAUCAUGCGAUGGUAACGGACUUAAGUAAAAGGCAAAUGUCGUUUCCCGCUUACGACAUGUCGUCUACUCCGUACCAUAAUAACGCCAGAAUACCUACUAAAGAAGACCAUAGAUUACCAAAUUACACUAUACUUCCGGAUCCAAGUAAGAUAACAGCUUUAAGGAUGAACACAACACCGGUAAAACGUCCGAUGGAAGGAGACGAUAUGCAACAAGAACUUUUGAAGCGAAUGAGAGCUGACGUGAUACCGAUCAGAGGAUCUAUGGAUAAAAGACCAACGAUUGGUACUAACUGGAGGGACGAAGUUAGCGAAGCCAUCGAAGAACCAAUGAUGAUGAUUCAAGGCGAAGGUUCUGGCAGCGAUUGCGAUGCUGUGAAUCCUGGUCUCGGUGAGGCCGUAGAAGAACCCAUAAUUUUUUUUUACGGGGAAGGAUCGGGAGACGAUUGUGAAACAGGUAAUCCUGGCGAAGAUGCAUCGGCUGACAAUAAAGAAAGCAACGAAUCAAAAAACGAAGCUGACUCCGCUACUUCAUCUGUAUCGCCGAACAAAAGCUUAACCGAGGACAACACUGUCAACGAGGUGUCCCCUGGAUCACACGUAGCGAAUAAGAGUACCAUAAAGUUGAACAGAAAUUUUCCUCAGUCUAGUGAUAAUGUAAAGAGUAAUUGUCAAGUUGUAGGCUCUACGCAAGAAAAGCCAAAGUUCAAGCCAACAUUGGGUAUUCAGAUUAUACCUAGAAACAGUAGCAGUUCUGUUAAGAGGUUAUCGAGAUGGGAUGUCGGGAAGCCAGAUGAGAAGACAGAGUGCGACAGUAGUAUCAUAUCAAAUGAAAGAGACAUAUCAUCGAAGAGAAAUGAAACUGAAAAUGAAGAUUCUACUAGCGAGAAACAAGAUGUUAAUGUAGAUGGAAAUUCUGUAAAUAGCGAAGACGUAAGACUGCAGGAAAGGAAUAUUGAAGUGAAACAUACACAGGAAGAUGCAGGGGAUAGUUCUGCUGAACAGAAACAAAAUUCCACUGUUCAAGACUCUGUGCAAUGCGACUCGUCUAUAUCUUUAUGUCAGGCGGACACAUCCGAAGCGGUCGAUUCUUGCACAGAAGCAACACCUACAACACAUUCAACAAAUGAUAAAGAACUUGUACAAAAUACUUGUGACUCUGACAGUAUAGUUUCGCAAGAAACAGAUACUUCAGAAAAGGUGGACAAUGAAUGUAAAUCCGUAGCAUCACCACCGAGAUUUUUUUUUGGGCCUAAUUGUAUAUCCUAUACUUCUAGAACGGAAGUAUUUGAGUCGCAAUCCGACCAUACCGUUUCAACGACUAUCCAAUCGAAAUCGGACACAUUGCAGUACGAAUGUGUUUCUUCUUCGAAACCUGUCGAGGAUGUGAUUACUUCUUACAAAUCAGACGAUUUUGAUGUGACGCAAACGAAUAAUAAUUCGUUGAAAGUCAAAUUGUACACUCCCGAAUCAAACAUUUCGCUCUGCGAAGAUGAUAGUAAAGGUAAAAUGGAGCUGAUCGAAGGGCCAACUAAUACAUGGGAACACGCAGUUUCUUCGAAGUAUUCUGCGGAAGAGCAACACAGUGCAAUGUCGAAGACAGAGGCUAAUUCGCCGAAUUCCGAAGUGGCGUCGAAAUCGGCAAACACUUUGAAAUCCUCUGUUACCGACAGCAUUGUACAAGAUCCUAUUUCUAGUAGCGAAACCACAAUGGAUGAGUAUUCGGAAAGAACAGAAUCGUUAGAUGCAAUCUCACAACCUCACAGCACGAAUGAUUUGAGUAAAGAUGAUUCCGAUACAAAACUGGAAAGUACAAUUAUCAUACCAUCUGAAACACAAUGUGGUCUAGCUAUCGAGUCAACGCAGCAUGAAGCAUUAGAACAGGGAUGCAGUAUGCUUCAAGGACAAUUACAAAGCGAGAAGCCAGAUUUGGAAGACAGUACUAUGACAAUUUUAGAAACUUCAAGCUCUUGUUCCCAAGAUAAAGCUGACUGCAAAUCGUCUGAUUCGUUAACGUUUGAACAAAAAACGGAUUCAACGUCUGUUAACAGUUCUUGUUCAAGUUCACAGCUAGAAACGGGAUACGAUAAUAAUUGUUCGAGCAAAGCCGAUUGUUCCGCUGAUCAAGAAGUGGAUAGCUCGGCGGGCAAGGAGACAGAACGGAUCUUCGAGAAGGAAUUCGAUUUGCCUGAUGAGAAUUCUUGUAAACAGGUCGAAGAAACUGAUACUCUCUCAGAAUUAUUUAAUCAAGAGGAACGAUCAAUAGACACUGAUAAUGAAACAGGGAAGAACCAAGCUGGCUCCGAUGCAGACUCAGCAAGCAUUAAUUAUGACAAAGGAAGCGAGCAAAUCGAUGCGUUAGAGGACGCUAGUGCACAAGGCAACGUUUCAGGGAACGUCGAGGAAAUGAAGGAGAAUUUGCUAGUUGACUCAAUCAUGAAAAACUCUGUGCCUGAUAUUAAAACUGAUUUAGAUGCCGCGGACAGUUCUGCUGUUACUAGUUCAGAGUCGAUCGAACAAUAUAACAAAGACGCGUUAGUUCCUACAAUAAGUAGCUCGGAUGAUGCUUGCAUAGAAGACACUUCAUUGCACGAAAGUGUCGAAGUGCAAGCAGACUCUGAGAAAUCGUCCUUUAAAGAUGCGUGUCCUAUUUACAAUGUAUUACCGGAGAUAGUACCUGACACAAAUAAUAUUAAACCAUCCGAAUCUGACGCUGUUGAGAAUACGGAAGAAAUUAAUUUAUCUAAUUUAGUUGAAACUGCGAAUACAUUCGAGGAUGCUGCAUUGGAGAACCGAAGUUCCUGCGUCGAUGAAGAAACAAAUGGAGAUAGAAUUACGGACGGUAAAUCAUUGGAAUCCGAUGAAUCUACAAAAUUACACGACGAAAGUAUUUGUUCCAAUGAGACUUUGGUAUGUGAUAAGGAUGCUUUGUCUGAACACCGUUCAUCUACUACGGAAAAAAAUAAUCCACCGGACAUUGCUUCCCAAGAUGAAGAAAUUGAGAAUCGUAAUAUUGAAAUCGUUGCGAAGAAAUCUUCCGAUACUGCGAUAGAGUCUGCAAUUUCAGAAAAUGAUAACACGGAUCGGUGCAAAGCCGUUUUGAAUUCUACCGAAGAGAACGAUCAUGAAGAUAAGAAAGAAAAUUUAACCAGCACCGCCACUGAAGAUGUAAGUAAUACAGAAGAUGAAAAUAUUGUGAGAUCAGAAACGGAAGAACCGGAAGUCAGUAUAGAACCCAUAAAUCUCCAGGAAUCUGUAAGUGAAAGUAAGCCGUCUUUAGUUGCAAAUUAUGAGAGCUGUGAUUCCAGUGAUGGUAGCGAUGAUGUAUUCGAACCUGCAGCGGCUGAAUCGUCUGAAGCCGAAGAUAAUAUUUUCAAUGACUUAGAAGAUACUACUGUCGAUGAAAAGCAAAUCGAGAAAGGAAAUCUCGAAGAACCAAGUCCGAAGAGUGAAAUAUUGCCUAAUGAAGCACAAAGUCCAUUCACUAAUGAUCCGCAGUUAGGGUUAUCAACAGGAAGUGACAUUGGAAAUAUUGUUAAAGAAGACGUUGAACAGACAGAAGAACAGAAAAAUAAUGAUGAAGGAAUGAAAGAAAAAAGCCAAAAUCGUGAUUUAGUUCAACAUGAUUUGAAUGAUAAAUCAAUUGUAUCAAUCAAUGAACAUAAAACUAUAGGUAGCUCGAAAGAACGCGAUACUACUGUAUUCACGAAAAUUGAUGCGUUUCCAACUUCUUCUGAAACUGACGUUAAAAGUGUGCAUAAUGAAGUAAAUAAAGAAUGUAUCAACUCAACAUUAACCAAAACAAACAAUUUGUUGGAUACUGUGAAAGUUGUAGAAGAAAAUAAAAGUAUGGUUUCUAUUACGGACAAAAUGGGAAACUUGGUUCCUGAAGAAGAAGCUGAUGUUAAACUUGAAGUAAGCUCUGUAAAUGAAAUUAAAACGUCUGAGUUAACUAAAGAAGUGAAUGAAUCUAAUGAUGCUAACGAUCAAGUGACUCAUGGAAAUUUAAAAGGGCAACACUUGAAAGCAGUAGAAGAGAAAUUGGUGACAAGUCUAGAUAAUGAUAUUAAAUUCAUCAAAAACGAAGAAACUAAACACGUAGCAGAGGAAUUGCAAACCGUGGAAUCAUAUAAAAAAAUCAAAGAACUGUCGGAAUUCAGCGAUAAAGAGAAGAAAUUCGAUGUGAAUUUGUUCGAUGAAAGUCAUUUAAAUAAAGAAUUAUCAGAAGUCGAUGCAUCUAUUCACCCAGUACCAAAUAAAUUUGACAAUAUAUCUUCAGGUAUAGAUAAAUCAGAGGUAUGUAAAAAUAGUAUUUCAGCUAUAUCGGAAGACUUCAAACCUAUGGAUAACUUACAGUUCGUAAAUUUUGUGUCUGAAAAAUCUGAAAACUUGAAUAUUCUGGAGAACCAUGAAAAAUUUACUGAAUCCCUCCAUGCCAUAAAUAAAUCUGUGGGCCCCCUCCCUGAGAAUACUGCCCCGAAUGAAAAUGACAGCACAGCAAUCUUCAAUGUGCAGGAAGUAAAGCCAGGUGCAGUUGGUACAAAAUAUGAUUUCAAAAAUGAACCUAGUAAAAGGUUGAGCGAUGUUUCUGAUAUUCAAGAUGUUCCUCCAUUAAAAUCCAAACCACUGUGUCUAGAUUCUACCAAACAAGUAUUGGAGAAUUUAACGAUCUCCAAAAUGCAAUUGGAGAAAAAUUCGGAUAGUUCUAAACAGAUAGACGUACCAGUAAAUGAAGACAUAAUAUCCGAGACCAGUGUAACCCAAUUAACAAAAGAUGAUCCAAAUACAAUCCCUGCUGCCGUGCAUAAUGCAGCAAAUGAAGAUCAACAGAAGAGCAGUAUCGAAGGGGAAGAAAAAAAAGAAAGCUCAGAAAUUCAAAGUAUAGAUGUCAAAACGAUCACUUUGGUAUCGGAUGACUCUAUGGGACUGGAUAAUGAAAACAUAUUUAGUAAUACUCCUGAAGAAGUCGAUCCUUUGGCCUGUACCGAUGAUGAUACUUUAAAGAAAAUAGUCGAGAAUGAACCGACACCGAGUGUCACUGUGCCCAAGAUUGGUAUACGAGUUAAACCUGUGUCUGAACUGAUCUACGAAGGAUGGAAAUUAGAUACCACCGAGACUCCGAAGAUUUCCCGCAAGAGACGUAACAGUCGCCACGAGUCCAACUCAGAGGAUGGAGGAAAACAGGAGAACGAGGACAUGAUGGGAGGUAAAAGGAUAAGGUUGCGUGCAAGGCGUAUACCAGACAGACAGUUACGAAAAUCUGUGGAGGAGAGUCGAAUCGUAACGAUAAGCUCGGAGGACGAGACUGUAAAGUGUUCUCCCGCGAAACUGGAACAACAGGAAGCGAAGGAUGGCAGCGACGAUCAAAGUACCACCCCUCAUUCGAUUACAUUCGAACGGAAGGCAAGAGGUCGUCCUAGAGGAAGACGACGACGGGGUUACAGAGGAAACGCGCGUUCGACUCGGCCGAAAUACAAUGAAUUUCCGCGUAAUCAACCCCCAGAAAUAUCGCCCGAGGUUCAUCUUGAUGGAACGCCUACCACCAAUGAUUCGUUGAAUUUAACACCGAUUUCGCAGAAGAAACGGAAGAAAAGAAAAAUGGUACUGGGUCUUGAGGUAGGAAGAGACAUAAUCGAGGAACAGUCAGGUAUGAUGCAGAAUGAUCCACCGGUUAGACAGUCUAGAAGGAUAGCGCAACUGAAGAUCAAAGAGGAAGCAGCCAAAGGGAGAAACGAAGAGGAAGUUUUACAUGAGAAGAAAGAGAAAAAAGAUUCCACGGAGAAGAAGAAACGAAAAAAGCAGAAACCUGAAAGCGACGAAGAAGUGAUUAUGAAGGUGAUAGAAGUAGAAAAGAAGUCUAAGAAGAAACGUAGGAAAAGAAAGAAGAAGAAAAUGUUGUCCAAAUUUAAUGAAUCGAAUCCCUGGCAAAGUUCCUCGGGUUCUAGUAGUGACGAAGAAAUUGAGAACGACGAGGAAGAAGAUGAGGAAGAUGACAUGGAGAGUGAAGGAUCUUUGCUCUUCAAGAGUGAUCAUGAAUUUUCACCGGAAAGUGACCUUGAGAAAGAUCAAGAGUCUGAACCACUGAGGAGGGCCAGAACUGCCCAAAAAGCUCAGAGUGAUGUUGAAGAAGCAGAUGAUGAAUAUGCUUGUCAGAAAUGUGAAAAAGCAGAUCAUCCAGAAUGGAUACUUUUGUGUGAUUCUUGCGAUAAAGGUUGGCAUUGCUCUUGCCUCCGACCUGCACUCAUGCUUAUACCCGAGGGUGAUUGGUUCUGUCCUCCGUGUCAACAUAACCUACUAGUGGUUAAAUUACAAGAAAGUUUGAAAACGUACGAUCAACUGGCGAAGCGACACGAAAAUGAAGUAUUAAGGAAGAAAAGAUUAGCGUUUGUUGGCAUAAGUUUAGACAAUGUUCUUCACAAAAAUGAAUCCCCGCGCCAGAAAGAAUCGAAAACGUCCAGUCAGGAAUCUGACAAUGAAUCUUCAACUGCUUCCUCUUCCUCGAGUUCGGACACGUCGUCCAGCGACGAGAGCGAGCCUGUGUAUCAAUUACGCGAAAGGCGAAGUGCCAACACAUAUAAAUUCAACGACUAUGACGCCAUGAUUAAUGCCGCCAUUCAGGAUGAAGUGGAGGCAGUUCAAGGCGCCGGAAAUCAAGGAAGGGGAAAGGACAUAGCGACUAUAGUAAACGCGAAAAAAGAGGAAGCCGAGCUUCAUUUCAAGCAUGAAGAAUUGAACAUUGAGGAAACACAAGAGAGCAAGGAUAACAUUGAUAGGAAAUCUGAGAAAGAUAGCGACGAUGAUUACAAAGUCGGGGGAGACCAUGGUAUGGAGGAGGAGGAUGAAGAAGAAGAGCAUAAAGAAGUAGUGAAGAAAUUUUUAUCGCGUAAGAAACACCGGAAAUUGAAUAGUCUCGAUAUAAGUAGCGAGGAUGAUCCAGAAAGCGACGAAGACUUCAAGGGCACGAGCUCGGAGGAAGAAGAGGAUUUUGAUGAUCAUCUGACAUCAUCUGACGAGAGUACAUUCAACGAUGUAAAACGGCGCGGUAAAAAGGGAGACUCGCGAUCUGUACGAAGAAGUACCCGGGCGAGAACAAUGCGCUACGAAGAUGACUUCAUAAAUGACAGUGAUGAAAGUGACAGACCAAAAAGGAAGAAAUUUCGAUCUACCUGGGAUUCAGAUAACGAAGACAGUGAUAAUUCGUGGCGACAAAAAAAGAAAAAGAGUAAAACUACACCGACGUCUAGAUAUAGGUCAUUGUCAAAAACAAAGAGUAGAAAGAAAAAAAAGAGAAAACGUAUUAUCGAAUCUGAUAAUCAAAGUGAGAACGAGGACUCUAAUGAGGAGGCAACGAUUAUGCAAAAGUGCGAACCUGAACUGGAAGUAGAUAUCAAGCAUGUGGUAUCUGAAGAGGCGUUGGAUAUCAAAUUUGGUAUCACAAAUGAAAAUAAUGAAAAAAAAGACGUGUGUGAAACGAAAGAUCCAAAGUUGGAUGGAAUGAACACAGGUAUAUCUGAAACACCAGGGGUGUUGCCGGUGGCAGUGGUUACACACUAUAAGAAAAAGAAAGAAAACACGAUGAAAACAAAAAAGACCCCAACAAUUCGUAGAAAAAUUAUUUAUGGCGGUCUUCCGGACGAUAAUAAGCCAGGGGAAGAAGAAGUUUUAGGCAGACGAACUCGGGGAAGGAAAAUUAAUUAUCAAGAAGAAAUAGCAACGGACAGCGAAGAGGAAUUAAAGAAGGCACUGCGAAGAACCGGGGAAAGCGAAGAUGAGUUUGUAGUGAACGAAGGUGAAGAAAUAAACGAUGACGUUGAGAAAGACUCUGAUUCAGGGGACAUUUAUAAUCCUAAAAAAGAUGGCCACAAAUUAAAGAACAAGUCACCAAAAACCAGGAAGCCAAGGAAAAGCAAAAGUCCCGGAGGUAAACGAAAAACAAUGAAUGAUGGAACACCAAAACAGAGAAAAAAACCUGGCCCCAAGCCUGGUAGUAAGAAUAAAGCGCGAAAACAAAACUUUUUUGCUGGUUCAAUAAUUCAUAGACGAGACGACCAAGACGGAGAGAAAGACCUCAUGGCUAGUGUUAUGGACAAUCCUAUAGGUGAUAUAGACUCCAAAAUUGAUGACAAUCUGUCUGAAAACGUAGGAUUGUCUGCUACCACUAUGUCGGUGGCGGGUUCUUUUAGUGGAGACGUUCCAGAAGGUUCCCUAACAGGACUGGGCCCUGGUGAAUUGGCUGAUUUUGAUGACGAACAAGUAGAGCAGAUGAUGAUGGAGGAUGAAGAAUAUGGUCGACGACAGUUGGAGCUUGCAGCUAUUGAAAUAGCGAAAAAGAAAAAAAAAGAAGAACGCGAAGCUAAGAAGCUGGAGAAGGCACGUUUAAAAGCACUGGAAAUAUUGGCGGCAGAGAGGCAACGGGAUCCCAACGCACCAGAAGGAACUGACGGUGAAGUACCAAAAAAGAAGAAAAGGGGGCGCCGCAGCAAAGCUGAAAUCCUUGCAGAGCAAAUGCGCAGGGAUGGCGCCCCUUCUCUGAACGCUACCGUUUUGCCUACCAGUUUAUCUACUAGUUUACCUACCAGUUUACCUACCACUUUACCUACAACUUUACCGACCACUUUACCUACCACUUUACCAACCAGUUUACCUACCAGUUUACCAACCAGUUUAUCUACCAGCUUACCUACCAGUUUACCUAGCAGUUUGCCUACUAGUUUGUCUACCAGUUUGCCGCAGAACGUAACGAAUAGCAUGUCGCCCACCAUGACUCCUACUAUGUCAACGAUUAUGACGUCCGAUGCAGAGAGAUCAAGCGAAGGACACAUUUCCAUGAUGACGCCGGACGGACAACUCUUCAGUCCGGAUGGUUCCCCGAUGAAACCCAAAAGAAGAGGGCGCGGUAAAGGUAAAAAGACCCUAGCCUUGGAGGCAGCUAGAGCCGCUGAGGCAGCAGCCAAGGCUGCUGUUGAAGUUGGUCUAAUUGGCAUGGGCACCGACUCUAAUCCAGAGAUAAAACCUGGAGAUAUACCAAAUGUACUUCCUACACCAGGUAGCAGCACCUCUGGAUCGGCUCCGUCCACACCACCUGCCGGUGUAGUCACGACGCAGGGGCCGCCAUCUUCACAGACACCGACCCCCCAAACUGUCUACCCCACGUUACCGCCGAACAAUCAACAACAGUCUUCCGUAAUCACUAGAAUGCUCCAGUCUCAGCCUGUGUCGAGUAGUCCGCAGUCGUUCUCCGCUGCAGCCGCGGCGAUGGGACAUAAGUACUUCGGAGGACCGAACGGUGGAGGUCAGAUAAUGGGCGGACCUAGAACCGGUUACGAGAUGCAACCACGCGGAAGGAUCCCAUCGCCGUACAGACAAGCUGGCCAAACCACAAUGCCACCUCAUUUCGCGGCUGUAAGAUCAGGAACUCCACCCAUGAGGAUGAGAGUACCUGGUCCACAGAUGUAUCAUACGCCUCAUCAUCCAAUGGAUCCAUCCCCAUCGGGUGGUGGACCGAUAUCAAUUAACAACAGGGAUCGUAGUUCACCGCUCGGGCCGGGACCAGCGAUGAUCCCGCCAGCCGCUGGAAGCCCCCUAGCCAAAGGCGGUCCUACUCCUCCUCCACCUCCUCCAUACGUCCGUGGACCUCCUCCUUUGUCCAGGUUCGCGGACAAUCCGAUGGGUCCCAGGCAUCAAAUGCCCCCCUUCACGAAUGCUUCACCAGUCAAUCAUAAUAUGCAACAACCUUCACCACCUCCUAACCGACCACCCGGUAAUUUCUCACCGUACCAUCCUCCACCGCCCCCUAAUUACCAUUACGGUGCCUAUCCACCUCCACCGCCAAUGUCCACGGCUGACGAUGCGGCAGCGUAUCAAGGUUCUCCGUAUCCGGCGGACCAUUUUUCGUCCCCCGCAGAUAACCAACCGCCGAUCCAAGCACCGCCACCUCCCCAAGCGCCGCCGCCGCCGUCUCAGCAACAGACACAUCCGAACGAUGCUGGUGGUGGGAAUAAACAGUACGACGAGGAAGGUUCUGGCGAGUUCGGUGGUUUGGUAUCGUACUUUAGUAGCCAGAGAGAGGACGAUCUUGAUUCGUAGCAUGAGUGAGCUCUUGGCCAACCCUGAAUCGUUAGAUAGGAUGCGGUAUGAUGGAUGAUACAGAAGCGUGUUUUGACGGUCCAGGUAAGAUCGCAACUUUUGCUCGAGAGGGACAAGUACAAGAGAAACAUAAAAAAGGAGUUAGCGACGUGUAAUCUAAUCGUAAAUAAAACAAAAAAGUAGAUAUAUAUUAUAUACAUAUAAUAUAUGUGUCGGGGCAUUGGAAUGUUUGAAAUAUUGAAGAAAGAGAGUAUCGCAUAACCUUAACACAUUCGGAACGAUGUGUCCUACCGAUAGUCAUUCUACGAUAAUAAAAUAAGUGUCUGGUGGACAGAAUGGCUCUCCCGCUGUGAUUGAUAGAACCACCAGAUGUGUGGGUUACUGGUCAGAAUGACCGAUGAGUCAUUGUAUUACUUUAUCUUUUUUCUUUUCUUCUUUUUAUCAAAACAUGCACCUACGUAGCUGGUAACAAGACUAAACCCAGGAAAAAAAAUUACUACCAAGGAAAGAAAACGUUUCAGUGAAAUCAAAUUACAUGUUUAUUUAUGAAAAAUAACUUCGUGCUGAAUGUGUUAACAAUAACGAUGUACGUUCUAGCAUUAUUUUAUACUAACGCGUACUGUAAUAAUAUUUUAAAACGUAAGAUACACGCGUAGAGUUAGAAUCGUCUUCCUCUUCGACCUCUUAAGCAAACAGUUGUCUGAUGUCUACAAGUUUCAGAGAAGAAAAGAUAGAGAAAGAAAGAAAGAAUGAAAGAGAUAUAGAGUGUGUGAAAGGGA